UCCAUAUAUAUACGCCAUGGAUGGUGGGGGCAUGCGGAAACAGUAGGGUUGUGGGCAAUAAAGGAAUAUGAGAAGGUACUCGGGAAGGAGCAUCCCUUCACGCUGAUGACCAUGGGGAACCUCGCAUCGACGUACUGGAACCAGGGCCGGCGGGCAGAGGCGGAGAAGCUGGAGGUGACGGUGAUGGAGACAAGGAAGCGGGUACUCGGCGAGGAGCAUCCCUCCACGCUGAUGACCAUGGGGAACCUCGCGUCGACAUACAGGAGCCAGGGCCGGUGGACAGAGGCGGAGAAGCUGGAGGUGACGGUGAUGGAGACGAGGAAGCGGGUGCUCGGCAAGGAGCAUCCCGGGAGGCUGAUGAGCAUGGGGAGCCUUGCAUCGACAUACCGGAGCCAGGGCCGGUGGACAGAGGCGGAGAAGCUGGAGGUGACGGUGAUGGAGACGAGGAAGCGGGUGCUCGGCGAGGAGCAUCCCUCCACGCUGACGACCAUGGGAAACCUCGCGUCGACAUACAGCAGACAGGGCCGGUGGACAGAGGCGGAGAAGCUGGGGGUGACGGUGAUGGAGACGCAGAAGUGGGUGCUCGGCGACGAGCAUCCCGACACGCUGGUGACCAUGGGGAACCUCGCAUCGACGUACUGGAACCAGGGCCGGCGGGCAGAGGCGGAGAAGCUGGAGGUGACGGUGAUGGAGACGCAGAAGCGGGUGCUCGGCGAGGAGCAUCCCGACACGCUGGUGACCAUGGGGAACCUCGCGUCGACAUACAGCAGACAGGGCCGGUGGACAGAGGCGGAGAAGCUGGGGGUGACGGUGAUGGAGACGCAGAAGUGGGUGCUCGGCGACGAGCAUCCCGACACGCUGAUGACCAUGGGGAACCUCGCGUUGACAUACAGGGAGAAGGGUCGAUUGGCGGAGGCGGAGGAGCUCCAGGUGACGGUGAUGGAGGCAAGAAAGAGGGUGCUGGGUAAGGUGCAUCCCGACACAUUAUGGAGCAUCAAGUGUCUCGCGAGGACGUACAGGGAUCAGGGUCGAUUGGAAGAGGCGGAGAGGUUGGAGGUCACAACGCAGGAGACA